AUGCCAACAUCGAUGUAUCAUAGCCAAGUAAAGAGGUUUAGCUUAUUAGUGGAUUAUUGGCCAUGGCCGUAUUGGGGCGCACUUCUGAGAUGGAGUGCCCCAAUACGUUUCAACGCGUGCAAAAUUAAAGGUUGGUAUAUUUUCCCGCAGUGCUGUGUUGCCUGGCUGUUGUGCGCUGUGCCCAUUGCGGGUUUAGCCCAAACCAGCAGUAGAGGUUUAGCUCAGGCCAACGUAUAUUCUGUACUUGACUUUGAAACACCCCGUAAUCAAUACGUCAAUGCUGAACCCUACAUCCAGCGAGCGAUCGACAGUUGUGCCGCGGGUGGAGGUGGGGUGGUUUUCUUUCCGGCGGGUGACUAUUAUUCCGCUACUAUCCGUAUGCGCAGUCAUGUUGAACUUCAUUUUAGUCGUGGAGCGACCCUGCACGCCAUUCCCGAUGAGACCUUAUACCACAACGAUAAAGCAGGGCUUGAGCAUUCCGGCGAAGCCGUGACACCCGUCCUAAUCCUGGCCCGGAACGUGAGCCACAUUGCCAUCACGGGGCUUGGUCGCAUUAAGGGCGCUCCAGCGUUCGGCAUGCAGACUGUAACCGAUCAGGAUACGUACCCCGGCUGGAAUGAAACAGCCCGGCGGGCUGGAGUUGCUAUGGAAAAGCCGAUAGCUCAUCCCCCCAAAGUUUCUCUGGUUUACCUCACCGGUUGCCAGGAUGUGGUCCUGACAGAUGUGUCCAUUCUGGAUUCGCCGAACUGGAGUUGCCACCUGCAAUGGUGCCGCCAGGUGCGGGUUCGAUCACUGGUCAUUACAUCAAGUCUGGAAAAGGGGGUUAAUUCGGAUGGCCUUGAUAUUGAUGGGUGUAGCGAUGUCAUCGUUUCUGACUGUAUUAUCCGUACCGGCGACGAUGCAAUUUGUCUGAAGUCUACCCGACAGGCAGGCCGUUCAGAGCCCUGCCGGGAUAUCAUCGUGACUAACUGUCUUCUUAGCUCGUCAUCCUGCGCUUUUAAAAUUGGUACGGAAACUCACGCGGACAUCACGCGCAUCCGGGUAGCCAACUGCCUCAUUAAAGAGUCGAACCGGGGGCUGGGCAUUAUUGUCCGGGAUGGCAGUCUGGUCAGUGAUGUUCACUUUGAUAACAUCCUGAUCGAUUGCCAGCGGAAACCAUUUUUCUGGUGGGGUAAUGGAGAAGCCUUCCAUUUUGUGGUGAUCAAACGCAGUACCGAUUCAAAAAUUGGUCGCAUUGAGCGGCUUCGUUUGCACAAUAUUGUCGCGACAACGGAAGGAACAUCCCUGAUCCAGGGGUAUGACGCGCAAUCAGUCGACGAUAUCGACCUUUCAGCUAUACGCAUGACGAUGAAUCCGGAAAGUCAGGCGGACCAUCGAAUGACCCACGCCGUCACGAUUGAGCAGGCAACGAAUGUUCGGAUAAAGGAUUGUAACGUCAGCUGGAAUGCUGCUUUUCGCCAGGAUUACCAUCGCCAUGCUUUAUCGGUAAGCAAUGUAGAUAAAGCGCAACUUAGCGGCCUCACGUGUGAUCCAGCCACGCAAAGUCAAACGAUACAUUUACAAAACAUCACCGAUGGCUCAAUUAUGGUACCUCCUUUCGUAACUGAUCUUACGAAGUACCUACUCAUCACGGGGAAUCAGACGAACCGAGUGGUUAUUGAAACACCACAUCAUACCCCUCAGAAAGUGAGGUUACUAAUUCCAUACGCUUUAAAAGGACGCGUCCUUGUCCAUUAA